AUGGCGAGCCAGAGCGAGGAGAGGGGAGGUGUGGUGGCAACUCUGGGCGGGGAGUCGUGGCAAGUGCGAAGGCGCACGGUCUCCUUGCUGCGCUACCAGGACGACAAGCGGGAUUGGCGCCAGCUGGCGACGGCCGACGUGCGGCGUCACUUCGAGCAGCUGCGGGCCCGGGCCCAGGCGCCGGCGGCCGGCGGCAGGCUCUACGGGGACGAGCACCGGCAGGGCCCCGAGGGGCCGCGCCACGCGGAAG